CGCGGCCGGGCAAAUUUGGGCAAGUUUAGGCGGGCGAUUUGAAAACAGUCAAACAUAAAAAUUUUGUUUGUAAAAAUUCUUGAUACACUGUUUCCCGUGUUUUCAAGUAUUUUAAUGUAUUAUACACAGAAUUUAUGACAUCUAUAAUGAGUGCAAAGAAACGACGGCUUUCUAGUUCCUUCAAAAGGGACAGUAGUAUUUUGGUAAGUGUACACAAUGCCGAAACCAAAUAUGUUCACAUUUCUGUUCAAUUGAUGUUCAAAUAUUCUCUAUAUUUUGUAAUGAAUUUCGACGUAGAAUAAUUCUUACAAAUUCAGUCAAUUUUGUAUAGAACUAUGUAAUAUACAACACUGACAGUAUAAACAGCAGACAUACCAAAAUAUUUUGACCAUAUAAAUCAGUUUUAGGUAUGCUUAAUCUGUCCUGAUUUAUAGAAUCUCAGAUAUCUAGACUAGGCUAGUUUGUCCACUGAGACAAAUGUCCUUUUCAGAAGAGCUCAUCUUGAAUGCAAAGAACCUGGGCCACAGAACAGAGACAAACAGAAGAUUGACUUCUUGGUUUUUCCUAUGAUUUUGGUGUAACCGUAUAAAUUCACCGGCCCCCUGAUAAUAUUCAAAAUGGCAGACGUCCAAGGGCUGAAUGCCUCUUCAUAAGCGCACUGGCUAGGGGGAUUGCAGCAGCAUUUUGAAAACUAAUCAUGGCAUGCCAGCAGUUAUGCUUUAAUGGCAAAGUCGACCUUCUGUGUGUCUUUAUUCUGUGCCUGGGCUGAGCACAAUACUAUAUAAAAUAUAUUUCCAUCUUGUGACACCUUGAAAGCAAGCUUCACUUGCUCUGUCCUACUGGCUGUCACCUUAUUUAUGGUCCCUGUAGCUCAGGUAUGUUAAGUACCAUGUAGACAUCUUCUAUAAAUAAGCUUUUUUUAGGCGUCACCAUUGUUGUCUGAAUUCAGCAACAGUUUUGUAGAAAACAUGAUGUCGAAUGACGAGAAAAGUGGAGAUGAAGAGCCACUGUCGUUGGUUCAAUCACUUCGACUGAGAAUGGAUGAAAUGGGUGAAGAUUUGAUAAUUUGUGUUUCCAUUACGCAUUUAAGUGGACAAUUCACUCUAGCUAUACUACCACCUCUGCAAAAUGGCUACUAAAGUUACUGACAAAACUACUCUCUACAAUAUAGAACGCGAAUCAGACAAAAGACAGAAAGCUAUGGCUGAUUUACCGCAUAUGAAAAGGUUUAAAACCAAAAUGAAAAGACGACAACUAAAACAGAUAUUACAUGACAUGGCAGGUGAGGUAUAAUUAGUUCUGCCAGCGAUCAUGGCUGAUGGAACUUACAAAUAUCUUUCAACGAUUACAUAAAGCAUUUGUUGGUAUGGUUAUAUAAUUUUUUAUUCAGAUGAUGAAGUGGAAGACAGAAAAAAAAGUAACAAAAAGAGAAAACGGGUAAAUGGAAUGUUCAUCAUAUUUUAUGCUAUCGGCUACUUCAAACAGGUGGUAUAUACUACCGGUCACUAGUAAUGACCACAUCAUACCACGAUCAAUUAAUUUAGUCAGUCACCAGUACAACCAGGGUUCAAUCCCAACACAAUUCUAAUUACAAUUUCCCUUCGGAUGAAUGUUGAAUGAGAAAUUAUAGUUCUGCUUCCAAGUUUGACCAUAACAAAACACCACAGAUUACAGUAUUAUCCCUUCACAACAGUUUGCUUCUGGUUCAGUCAAACUACAUUCAAAUUGCUUUUAUAUUCUAGGCUUCCAAAUUCUUGGUAAUGACUAGCCUUGAAAAGAGGUAACAAAUGUGGCCCUAUUGUAUUCCCGUCCAAUUUUCAUAUAAUACCAGGCCUAAUAUUUUCAAGCCUCAAGAGCAUUCAAUCUUGAAGGAGACAUAUGUUAUCCUUCGAAUACUUACGAAAAGGAUGACGAUUUUAAGUGUUCAAAAACCUAUAAACAGGCAUUUCUUUUCAGCAUGCGAGAGACAGUUGUAGCUGUGGUGGAUCAAUUAGGUGGAUACGAAAUUCGGAAAGAAGUUGAUCAUGAUACCACCCAUGUCGUUUCUGCUGGCAAACGUAGAACAGUGAAUGUUUUGAAAGCGAUCUUAUCUGGUUGUUGGCUUUUGUCAGUAGAGUGGGUUUUGAAGUCGUUAGAGAAAGGAUUUUGGUUAAAAGAAGAGCCUUUUGAGUUGGUGGAAGAUUUUCCUGUGGCAAAAGUAAGUGCAGGAAUACUUUGGAUUUGACUACAAGAGUGAUGAUGUCACAAGUUGUAUUCUGAAUUCCCACUGUUUUGAGUAUCAUGAAAUGCAUUUUGAACUAGAUUUUUCUGUUCGCAAACUUGUACUUUUAAUUUUUUAGCAACUGCGAGAAGAAAGAAGUGCCUCACCAUCCUACUGUCAGUACCAGUGCAAACUCUUGGCUGACAUUGGUCCAAUCUUUGUUUCACCCUGUACAAGUCCACCACCACAAGACAUUGCUAAGCUCAUCAAGUUAUCUGGUGGUGCAGUAAGUAUAGCUCUUCCAUGUCCCCUUUUGCACAACAAUAGUGCCAUUUACUUACGAUCCAGUUCGGGAUAUUCCAUUGUUCAUUCAUUUUUGUUCCAUUCCUAGGUAUCUGGCACAGCAAGAAGAGCGUCUGUGUGUAUUGGUAAAAUCACAGCCAAAACAGACGGUGUUCAAGUCUCUGAGACAUGGUUACUAGGUAGGAAUUUGUGGCAAUUUUUCAUACAAAUGAGAAUUUUUUACAUUUAGAAUGGAGGGAGAUUUCUAUGUUAAUUAAUAAAAACAUAGAAAUGUUUGUAUAUUAUAGUUUUCCACACAAAACCAUAUUUCUUUUUCUAGAUUGUAUUACUCAACAAACUGUUUUGCCUUUUGAUGAAUACCAAGAAAAAAGGAACUCUUAAAGGACACCUAAAUAUCCCAAUAUUCAAGUUUCACAAAUGUGGGGUACCAGUACCACUGUAAAUAUUUUAAAAUUUAGAAUGCAUCAAUUACGUUUAAGUAAUCCAAAUUUUGUAGAUUUUUCUAUAACUAUUAUAAAAUAUUUACUAAAUAAUCCGGAUGUUAGACUGAUGUGGUUUGCUGUUAGGUUUUCAAUGCGGCUUUUCACAAUAAUUUAUGAUAAUUUGCAACAAUUUGUUGAUUUCACAUGUGUAGUGGUGUUCCAGCUGUUCACAAACACAGUAGAAUAAUAUCAUUGGGUCGUUCCAGAAAAUAUCCAUACUCCCCUCCACGGAGGAAAUUUCUGCCAUCCGGAGGGGGGGAAAAUUGUUUCUGAUAAUAGUAAAUGUAUUAGGAUAUCCGAAGGGGGUAGGGGGGUUAACUUCCUAUUUCCUCUGUGAUGAUGGUAUGGAUGUUUUUUGGAAUGACCAUUAACCAAAGAGGGGAUAUUUUAUGUUUUAUCAAAAUUCCAUUCAUUAAAAGUCAUGUUUUAUACAAUUUCAAUAUUUGUAUUAAUUGUAUUUUUAAAAUUCUGUCAAUAAAAAUUCUUUACAAAAAUAAAUACAAUUUUGGGAUGUUUUAGCAUGUCCUAGUGCUCUAUCCAUUUUUGUCAACCUGACGAACUUUUUUUCUUUCCUUUUUUCCCUUUCUCCCAUUUUACUGUGUCAAGUUCAUGUUGUAUGAUCUCAGACAUUCUUGCUUGAAAACCAGGACUGCAUCCAACCAUUGGGUCUGGGUAUUUACAAUCUGAGC